AUGUGCAAUACAGUUCUAGGUGAACUUCUUUGGUACACUCAGUGCACUAGCCAUCACUGCAUCCUCGGCAAGAGCCCACCACAGACUAAACAUGAGUUUCACAGUCGAAGAGAGGGGAAAACCCAAUACUUUGAGCUAUCGUUUGUUUUUCAAAAAUGCUGAUGGAAAGUAUGUCUCCCCAUUCCAUGACAUACCUAUGUAUGCUGAUGAGAGCCAGAACAUUUUCCACGUGGUUGUUGAAGUACCAAGAUGGACAAAUGCAAAGAUGGAGAUUGCAACCAAAGACCCCCUGAACCCGAUCAAGCAGGAUGUGAAGAAGGGGAACCUGCGUUACGUCGCCAAUGUUUUCCCCCACAAAGGCUACAUCUGGAACUAUGGAGCAAUACCUCAGACUUGGGAGGAUCCCGGGCACAAAGAUGAAGACACUGACUGCUGUGGUGACAACGACCCCAUCGACGUCUGUGAAAUCGGUACCAAGGUGUGUUUGCGUGGGGAGGUGAUCAAGGUGAAGGUACUGGGGGUUUUGGCCAUGAUCGACGAGGGGGAGACGGACUGGAAGGUCAUAGCCAUCAACGUGGAGGACCCUGAAGCUAAGGACCUGAACAACAUCGGUGACAUCCAGAGGCUGAAGCCAGGUUACUUGGAGGCCACCGUGGACUGGUUCAGGAGGUACAAGGUACCAGAUGGGAAACCAGAGAACCAGUUUGCCUUCAACGGAGAGUUCAAAGACAAGGAAUUUGCCAUUGAGACAAUCAAGAGCACCCAUGGCUUCUGGAAGGCACUUAUCUCUCAGAAGACCAACUCUGGAGGACUCAACUGUAAAAACACGUGUGUUUCGGCUGACGACAGCCCCUUCUGCUGCUCAACGGACGAGGCCAAGGCUGUCAUAGAAGGGACAACCCCUUGUGGAACCGAAGAUCCUAUCCCCUGCUCAGUGGAUAAAUGGUUCUACUAUGAGAAGGAGUAACUUUAAGACGAAGACUCAAUGGACCAGUGUCUCACCUGUUUAGCAAGUGUACUUGAAGAUCAUAGACUUAAUGACAGUUGGGGGUGUGGCUGCGAAAGAAUAGACUCUCUUCUCCAUACUCUGAAGAUAAGAGAAGAUGGGACAAAAAGAGUGAAAUAAUGUCUGAGGAAAUGUGUUGUUACUGUUAUUUAACAAAUGUCUCAUUGGAGAUGUGCUGUCGAACAGAUAGUACUGGUAGUGUGCUUCCUAUAGCUAGCUACUCAUCUACUGUAUGGGGUCGUAAUUCCUUUAAUAAAGCUUUAUCUGUAAAACAAAAA